GGCUUGCACUGCAUUGGAGGAUCACAAUAACAAGCGAAAUCUACAAAGAAACUCUACAAAAGUAAAGCGUCUUUCAGAAUGCAGAGCCUGAGUAUGCUGCUGAUCUUUACCCUUUGCGGGUCAAGCUUGUGCAACCUUAUCCAAGAGAAACAGACGGAUUUUGGACUGCAGGUGUUCUCCAAAGCUGUCCAGUCUGCUCCGGACAGAAAUCUUGCUCUUUCUCCCUAUGGCAUCUCCUCAGUACUGGGCAUGGCUCAGCUGGGAGCCUAUAGCAGGACACUUGAAGUGCUCACCUCCAAGAUGGGCUACUCACUGCAAGCACGAGGAAUGCCAAAGCUACAGAGGCUGCUUCAGAGAGAUUUGGCCAGUGAAGAUGGAGUGGAAGUGGCCAGUGGUGUCAUGGUCGACAGGAAGAUAUUUUUGGAAAAGGUCUUUAGACGCAGCCUGACCAAAGCCUUCCAGAGCGUCCCACACCAAAUAGACUUCACCCACCCAGAGAUGGCCAGGCAGGUGAUCAACUCCUGGACAUCUGACCACACUGGUGGAAUGAUUUCUGACUUCCUCCCAUCUGGGGUGCUGAGUGAACAGACACGUUUAGUCCUGUUAAAUGCCCUCCACUUCCAUGGGAUCUGGAAGACGCCCUUUGACCCUAAACUUACUAGGGAACAGCUCUUCCAUAGAGUCAACGGCAGUGCUGUAUCUGUUCCUAUGAUGAUAACGACUCAAAAAUUAAACUAUGGUGAAUUUGUGACUGAGGACGGAGUGGACUAUGAUGUCAUCGAGGUGCCUUAUGAGGGGGAGACUAUAAGUAUGCUUCUGGUGACACCAUUUGAAAGGGAUGUGCCUCUGAUGGCCUUGAACAAAGAGCUAAGCAGCAGCAGGAUUCACCAAUGGAGAAAAGAGAUGAGAAAGGUUAACAAACAACUAGCUAUUCCAAGGUUCUCUAUGGAUGCAGAAAUUGAUCUGAAGUCUACACUGAGCAAGAUGGGUCUUGGAGACAUUUUCAGCCAGAGCAAAGCUGAUUUCUCUCGCAUUACCACUGAGGAACCUUUAUGUAUAUCCAAGGUCCUUCAGAGAGUAAAACUUGAGGUGAACGAAGAAGGAACCAAAGGCUCAUCUGCUACAGCGGCUGUCAUCUACUCUCGCAUGGCUAUAGAAGAGAUCACACUGGAUAGACCAUUCUACUUCCUCAUUCAACACAAACCCACUGGUGCGCUGUUGUUCAGCGGUCAAGUUAACCAGCCUCAAGAAUACUAACAGACUGAAGUAACCGUACAAGCAGAAGGACCAAAGAAACCGCCAAAAAGUCUGCACAUACUACUGAAGACACUAGAUCUGUUUUAAACUGGGGGGGGGGGGGGGGAUGAGACUGCAUAACCUUCUAUAUCUGCCAUGUGAGCAUUGCCUGGAGUGCCAAACUUUAAUAAGAAAUGUAUAAACAAGGUUAUUCAGUAUGUAUUGCCUGCUAAAGUGGAGGAGUAUCUAGACUAUGAAAAGAAAACAUUAUUGUUCAAAGCACAUGUCUGAAACAUCAAGGACAUUUAAAGAACAUGAAUUUAAAGCCUCAGCAGACAGAAGUUCUACAUGCACUAACAAUUUGAAGACUGAAUUAAUGUCUAUGCUUGUUUCAUAUGAUGUUUAAUGUGCUUAUAUUUUUUUAAAAGUUGUAUUUUACAGUAUUUAUAUUAAUUUAUUGUCGAAGGUCAUAUUUUCUUGAAGACUGUUUAUUAAAAUGAUAUCCUUUUAUAAUAAAAGCGACCAUAAAACA